CGACGAUCUAGUGAUAAAAUUAUUUCUAUGACACUAGAGAAUAACAAGAAUGACAUCAACAAUAAUCUUAAAUCUGCGAAUGACAGACCGGUCGGCAUGCGUAAUCUUACAAACACAUGCUUCAUGAAUUCACUCUUACAAUCAAUUUACACGCUCAAUUUACUUCGGGAUGUCGUCCUCCGGGACCCAAAUAGCAGUGCAGAACAGGAUUCUGACCUAGGCAGCAAUUCAAAUAACUCAAAAUCACCCUCUCAAUCUUCAUCCGGCUCUCCUCCGACCUUUAGUGGAGUUUUAGACACACCAGCGAUUAGAAUUUGGAGAGAGGAGGGAUAUAAUGAUAAAUUGAGGCUUACUUGCCACUUCUUUAAUACUUUAAGAGACUUCUGGGAAUCUAAGAAAUCUCCUCUCGUCCCAGUGGACAUCCUCAAGGCAAUGGCUAGCAAGUUCGACUUGUAUAACGAUUUUGGACAGCAGGAUAGUCAUGAGUUCCUUCGUCAGCUCUUUGAUGCUAUGCGUAUGGAAGAACUAGAUGUUAUCUAUGAAAAACAUCCAGAAUAUAAAGAUGCCAAGAACAAGAUAAAGAAGCUACGUCCUUAUCACUAUCAAUCUGUUGGACCUACAACUUUCGUAGAUCUUUUAUGUGAGGGAAUGAUAGUCAACGUUAUCAUCUGCGCAACUUGCAAGCAAAUCUAUCACGUUUAUGAGCCUUUCUUGGAUAUAUCUCUCGCUUUACAGGAUGAAAAUAAGCAUCCAAAACGCAGGGGAUUCAGGCAGUCGGUCAGGGAGAGCAUCCUAGGCAGGCCUGAUAUCAAAAGCGAGGAGCUUACGGUCGAGGAUGUCGUUCUUAGCGACACGGAAGACGAUGCACAGGAAAAGGAAAGUACGGAACAAAAUGCUGAACCAAAGAAGCGCUUCUCAUUCAGAAAUAGCUUCUCUGUUGGUAGCACUUCUCGUAACAGCCAAAGAAGAACAUCAGUUCUCGGCCCUCUGCCAAAUUCACCCUCGCCAAGCCCUCACCAGACGCACUCACAAUUGGCACCAUCCCCAACUGGUAGUAUGUUCACCCGUCGUUUGAGUAAGAGGGGAAAGAAUAGACGCUUCUCAAGGUCGUCAGCCGGUGCGACUAGUGUUGAAGACAGUGACGAAAGUGGCGUCCGUAGAUCAAAGCGCACAAUAGAGGAUAAAGUCUAUACACAGAAGUUGUUUGGAGAUCUUACGACACCAUCAACGCCACAAUCUACACAUAGCGCAAGCAUGACCGAGUUAGCUAAUGAGCAGACUAUGACGUCACCAUCGUCGACGCCGUCAUCUUUCAGAGACGGUCAAUCGAUACAAGCCGCAAAUUCCCAAUCGAGCGUUUUGGCAGCACUCAGACAGCCACCGCCUCCUCAGUCUAAUGAUAGUAGCUUGCCUUCGAGUGCACCUAUGUCGGCUACACCCUCGUCAAACAUCCCUAAAACAGGUAUCGAAGAUGCUUUUGAACGCUACGCUGGUAUAGAAACACUCCAGAAUGAGAAUGAGUUUCACUGUCACGGAUGUUGGAAACAGCAAAAUGAAGUCCAAGUCGAAAUGAUUAGACGCUUUAAAGACUCUAAGAGAAAAGAAUCUCACAAGUCUGUUCUAGGAGUAACGGGUAUGACACCUCUCAAGGAUGAAGUUAAAGAGCCCGAUACUUACCAAGCUGAAUCUGACGUUGACGAAGACAGCGACGCGGAAGACGACGACGACAUUACAGAAAAGGAUUGGAAUGCCUUCUACGGGGAUACAGUCGCUUACGUACCUAGAAAACAACAAGUACUCGGAUCGAAAGCUCUUAGAAGGACUCUAAUAGCUAUCGCUCCACCUAUUUUAGUAUUGCAUCUCAAGAGAUUUGGAAGUGUGGGCGGAUUCGCUUUGUCGAAGAUAUUCGACAACAUUAAUUUUCCUCUUGAUUUAGAUAUUGGACCUUACAUCGCUCCUGAGAAGCCAAAGGAAGGAAGGAAUGAUGACUUGAGUGGUGACGAUGUAGAUCCUACUACCACCGAAGAUUACAAGAGGCUGGCUGAGAUGGCCUUCCCCACCGCGUCGACCAAAUACAGAUUAAGAUCUACUGUCAACCACUGUGGAAGGACGAUGAUCAGUGGUCACUACACUGCUUUCACAAGUCGUGAAGUUCAAGUCGAGGAUGAAAAAAUUCAAUUGCAAUGGUAUUGGGCAAGUGACGAGACGAUCAAACCAAAAACGGAAGAGCAAUUCCUUCACGAGAGUUUCAAAAACGACGAUCAAAAUGCCUAUGUCUUGGUUUACGAGAGAAUAUAAGGAAAUCUGAAAAAUGCAAAAUUAUGAACAAUUUUUUAGUGUAUAUAUUCAAAUAGAUUAGAAAUGUCC